CGCACAGAAAGGACACGGUAAGCCUACUACGUUUUCUGUGUGUUUCAUGAUUCGGACCAUAUCAUAAAAUUUAGUUUGAUUAAUGGUGUGGUACAAUGAUGUUGGUGUUGCUCUUGGAAAGCGAACUAAUUUAAAAAUUUAACAUAAACAACAAAUAAAUAAAAAUAGGCGGUAAACUUACUAUGCCUGACCGCGUAAAUUUGAUUCGUAUUUUGGCGGGGAGACGUUUGUUGUUGCCGCUCGCAGGAUGUCAACAAAAAAGAUCUUGCGGAGUCGCUCAAUCUGGGAUUGCUUCUCGUAUUGCAGCUGGAAAUCCUAUUACAAUGUCUUGUUUGUCUAUAUCUGGUUUAUCUCAUAGUCCGACGAAAAAUCGAGGACAAAUUCAGGUCAUUUUGGGUCCAAUGUUUUCUGGAAAAUCGACUGAAUUGAUGAGAAGAAUUCAGAGAUAUAAAUAUGCAAAUCACGAAUGUUUAUUGAUCAAAUACGCUAAAGAUUCACGUUACAGUGAUGAUUUCAUGUCUACUCACGAUAAACACAUGCUACCUGCUGUAAAGACUGAAGUUUUAUCAAAAGUUUCUAUUCCAUUGAAUUGUUCAGUAAUCGGAAUUGAUGAAGGACAAUUUUUUCCCGACAUUGUUGAAUUUUGUGAAACCAUGGCUAACAAUGGUUUGAGGGUUAUUGUUGCUGCAUUAGAUGGUACUUUUCAAAGAAAGGGAUUUGGAUCUUUUUUAUCAUUAAUACCUCUAGCGGAAAGUGUUGUCAAACUUAAUGCAGUAUGUAUGAUGUGUUAUGGUGAAGCUGCCUUCACAAAAAGAAUCGGCUGUGAAACUCAGGUCGAAAUCAUAGGAGGGUCUGAUAAGUACAUGGCUGUUUGUCGUGAUUGUCACAAACAAGAUCAUAAAGAGAGUCCGUUGAAGAGAAUACCACUCGGGGAACUCGAUCUUAACAAACAGCAAGACACAACGCCAGAAACAAACACUGGUGACGGACACAAAAAAAUUUCUAUCCCACGACAAUUGCUUUUCACAAAAAGUUGAAAUUGUCCAAUUAUGGUCAGAAAACUAUAAUAGCCUGUUAUGUUUCUAAUACAGUGAUACCUCGGUGGUCCGACGACUCAAUGCACCUCGGCUCUAGUCAAAAAUGCUGCGGUACUUGAACACAAAUUCAGUGCUCGAACACCGAAGUGUGCCGUCAAGUGAAUUUAAAUAAUUAUUGUUGUCGAGGUACAUGUUUUGUUAAUAUUUUGGGUAGUUAAAACAAAUUAAUAUACCAUAUUUCUCGGCGAAUAAGUUGCUUUUCUAGACCCAAAUUUUUGGCCUGAUUUUGGGGGGUUUGUCUUAUUAGACGAGUGUGGUAAUUUUUUUUUUUUUUUUUUGGUGUAGCUUUAUUCAAUUCAGACCAUAAAAUACCUUCAGAUUCAGAUGUUGAUGCGAUUUUACUACCCGUCUUAUUGGCAGGUUAUAUUUGCUGGGAAAUACAGUAACUGCCAUUGUUUCUCAUGGCAAAAAAGUUUCGGUAGUCGAACACCAGUUCUGAACGAGUUAUGUUCGACUAACGACUCAGGAACGAGGUAUCACUGUAUUUCCGGAAAUAUUUAAUAAUAACAAUCAAAGAGACCAUGUGUGUAUGAUGUAGAAUUUAUAAGCUCAUAAUAUUAUCAUGUAAGUACUUGGAUUGAAUUUUAUAUUUUUUAUCCUAUUCCAGCUAGAGGUCAAAGUUUAUAACAUGAAGCAGGAAGUAGUAAAAUAUCCUAUUUCCUGAUUAAUUGUACUUUGGUACCAUGUCUCCAAUAUCGACUAGUCUGUAUUAUGUUCGAUGAAUAAUUUGUAUAUUUUGACUAUGCACUGUAUUCCACUGCCACUUUGGAAAUGUCUAUUUCGCAUUAAAUUAUGAGCACCCAGGGGCUUCAGUGCUUGCAUUUCCUCUUUGAACAAUAUUGAUCCUGCAUGUAAUUAGAUUUGAUGUUCCAGCAGUCAAUUAAUGGCCCACUUGUCCUGAAACUUGAUUUGGUAUUCGUUCAUGGGAGAGGAAAGCUUAUAGGUUGAUUGUCAAAUUGCCAGUCCAACUCAGUUAUGGAAUUUGCCCAAAUAUGUUUAUAUAUACAGGGUGGGCCAAAAAAAGUUGCCAUUUUUUUUCACCCAAUAUAUAUCAAUCAAUAAUCAGAACUUUGGGACAAGUGGCAAAAUGGGACACAACAUUUUUGGGCGCCACUGUCGAGUAAAUUGUUAGAUGCAUGGAUUAAAUAAAUAGAUGCUUUGCUCUUCUGCUAGCUGCUAUCUUUUUUAUUCGUCUCUCGCAUGCAUUUCUAUGCUUUCAUGAACUUUUCUCCCUUUCGUGUAUGACUGCUUAUUAUUGCUAUUACUAUAAGUUGUUGUUAAUAUGCUAUUUCAGUCAGAAGUUUGCUUUUUUACUUUUGUAUCAUCACUUUAUUCCAGAUGUCCUUUUGGAGUCCAGUAAGUUUUGACCCAUCAAAAAAGUACUGUUCCUCAACUAACGGCCCAAAAA